UCGCCAUUGUCCGAUACCGGCAGAACCUACCGAACCUUCGUGAUCUCAACAGCCAAGCUAAGUGUGAACAUUAGUGCUUACAUAGAAUAUUUAACCGCACAACUGAAAAUAAGUGAACACACAUCCCCACCUCUGGCGCUUGUAUCCUUAUCUAUUUUGGUACCUACUGCGAGAACCAUUUUCAUCGCAUUUUGCAGCGUGCGGCAACUCGAUCCAAGCAGACAACGCGACCGGUAUUCCAACGCAUGCUACGCCUAGGCAGUUCUUUCUGAGCAGUGAAAGUGAACGGUCGAUUCGUUGACAACAAGCAACAGCAUCCAAGCAGUACCGUCGCAGUACUUCCCAAGAGAUUUUUGUGACAGCCCGUCUACCCACAGAGCGAAAUAGAAAUGGCCCUCGCCGAAAGCACCACCAAGACUGAAAUGACCAUCACCGAGUCGUCAACUCCGGUCAUCUCCAAGGAAGUCGUCGUCGAGCGUUCCUCGGCCGGUCUGUCCGAGAAGAGCGUGACCCAGUCCAAGAGCUACGGUGCCAGCAGCGAGAAGGAAAUCAUCGAAGAAGGCGCCAACUCAUCCUCCAAAACCGUGGAAAAGUCCGAAUCGGCCUUUGCCUCGGAACGCAGCGUGUCGCAAAAGGUAACCGACACUGGUUCCCUUUCGUCGUCCUCAUCGCUGCUGUCCUCCUCGUCGGUGGUCAGCUCCGUCUCCAGCAGCAAAACGGUGUCGUCCUCGUUCAGCUCAACCAGCGCCUCCAGCCUGUCCAGCAUCAAAUCUUCUUCUUUCGAUUCUAGCAGUGCCAUCGAUGAGUUUUUCAAGAACUAGAAUUCUACACAAACAUAAAAUGAAUCAAAAAGUGUGAUUGCUUGUUAUACAAUUUAACAAUUUUCCUCGGUCGAACAUUGCUCUUGUGAGUAAUAUUUAUUUUUAAAUCAUUAUAUGUAUCCAAUAUUAAGAUAAUCCAAUAAAAUUCACCUAAAUCAACAAAAAUCUAA